AUGUCCAACCGUCAUCUCUUCACCUCCCCGGACGGCCUCGUCGACAAGGCUCUGAGGGGUGUCAUUGCCUAUAACCCCUCGCUCAACCUGGACGAGUCCAACCGCGUGAUAUACAACAGCAGAUAUGAACGCUCCAAGGUGAGCCUCAUCAGCGGAGGUGGUUCCGGCCACGAGCCCGCCUGGGCCGGCUACGUCGGCGACAAGAUGCUCUCGGCCGCGGUCCAGGGUGACAUCUUUGCCAGCCCGAGCACCAAGCAGAUCCUCGCGGGAAUCGACGCGGUCCCCAGCGACAAGGGAACCAUACUCGUCGUCACGAACUACACGGGUGACUGCCUCCACUUCGGCCUGGCCAACGAGAAGGCAAAUGCAAAGGGUCACAAGUGCCGCAUGAUCAUCUGCGGCGACGACGUGUCGGUCGGCAGGAAGAAGGGCGGCAAGGUUGGCCGUCGUGGUCUCGCCGGCCAGAUUGGCGUCCUCAAGGUCAUGGGUGGUGCCUCGGAUGCCGGCGGCUCCCUCGACGAGGUGUAUGACCUGGGCGUGGCAUUUUCUCAGCAGAUUGUCUCCAUCGCUGCCACGAUUGACCACUGCCACGUCCCCGGCCGGGCCGAGCAUGCGACGCUCAAGCCCGACGAGGUCGAGCUCGGCACGGGCCCCCACAACGAGCCGGGAUACCAGAAGAUCACCCCCCAGCCCUCCGCCGCCGACCUGGUCAAGUCCAUCCUCAAGCUGUGCCUCGACGAGGAGGAUCCUGAGCGGGGCUUUGUCAGGUUCUCCCCCGGCGACGAGACGAUGCUGUUCGUCAGCAACUUUGGCGGCAUGUCGCAUCUCGAGACGUCGGCCCUGGUGGACGAGAUUCUCGAGCAGCUCGAGAGAGACUGGAAGCAGACGCCCACGCGCGUCGUCUCCGGCUUCCUCGAGACGUCCCUCAACGCCCCCGCCUUUAGCGUGUCGGUGGUCAACUUGACGGCGGCGUCCAAGAAGUGCGGCUACUCCGUCGACCAGAUCAAGUCCUUCUUCGACGUCCGCACCACGACCCACUGGGAGUCGCUCGCCGGCUCCCAGACACUGCGCCGCAGCCGCAAGGAGCAGCUGGUGCGCGCGCCCAAGGAGGAGCCCAAGAAGGUCGACGACGCCCGCGACCUCAAGGUCGACCCGGCCCUGCUGGACAAGGCGGUCCGGGCCGCCUGCAACGACCUCGUCAGGGCCGAGCCCGACCUGACCAAGUGGGACACGGUCAUGGGUGACGGCGACUGCGGCGAGACGCUCAAGACGGGGGCCACGGCCCUGCUCGCCGCCCUCGACGGCGGACUCGCCGAGAAGGGUUCCGUCGUCGAGCUCCUCCACGAGCUCGAAGACAUUGUGGAGAGCAAGAUGGGCGGCACCCUCGGUGGUAUCCUCGGCAUCUUCUUCGUCUCCCUCCGGGCAGCCGUCGAGAGCAACGUUGAGGUGGCCAGGUCCAAGGGCCCCGUCGCUCUCUGGGGCAAGGCCCUGACGGCGGCGCUGACCAGCCUCCGGAGCUACACGCCGGCCAAGGUGGGCGACCGCACGGUCAUGGACACGCUCAUCCCCUUUGCCGAGGGCGUGUCGACGGGUGACUUCGACGCCGGCACCGAGGCUGCCGUCAAGGGAGCGGAGGGCACCAGGACGCUCAAGCCCAAGCUAGGGCGUGCCACGUAUGUCGGUGCCGGGUCCAGCGACGACAGCGAGAUGCCUCCCGACCCCGGUGCUUGGGGUGCCAUGGUGGUGAUCAAGGGACUGCACAGCAACCUGUAG